AUGUCCUGCAAAUCCAUCUGGCGGACUCUGCAUUGGAGUGCGAAACGCAGGCCAGUGCCAGUAAAAGCACCAUAUCGUUGCUUCUCCUGCUCCAUCCAGGCUCAAGCUAACAAGCCCCGGCAAGAUGAGCAGACUACUCAUUUCGGAUUCGAAACUAUUCCCGAGUCCGCAAAGGAGUCAAGGGUCGGAGCUGUCUUUAGCUCUGUUGCGAGCUCCUACGACACGAUGAACGAUCUCAUGUCGCUUGGUAUCCACCGCCUUUGGAAGGAUCACUUUGUCCGGUCAUUGAACCCGGGUUCUCGCUAUGCCCGCGAACAAGGUAAACAGGAGAAAGGCUGGAAUAUACUCGACAUCGCCGGUGGGACUGGCGACAUUGCAUUUCGCAUGCUAGACCAUGCUACGAACAUCAACAACGACCCCUAUACACGCGUAACGGUUGCGGAUAUUAACCCCGACAUGCUUGCAGAGGGCAAAAAAAGAAGCCUUGACACCCCUUACUACAACACCGACCGCCUGUCGUUCAUGGAAGCGAACGCGGAAUCCAUGCCUUCGAUUCCUGACAACUCGGUGGAUUUAUAUACGGGUUGCGUUUGGGAUUCGGAAUUUCACGAACAAGCAGAUCGCGUUGGAGGGAAGCUUUUCGUGUGCUGA